GAAAUAACUGACUCUGAGACAGCUUCAGGGUAGAGUGUGUCUGAGAAAAACCUCUGGUUUUGGUAGGUGCUGAGGAGCAGCGUGAUCCCCAGAGCAAGGAUCAGAAAUUGUGUAGCAGAACUCUGCAGGAAGAAAAUGAAACUGGUUCAAGAAUCUUUGGAAAUGGGAGCUUGCAGCAGAAUGAAAUAGAAAACAACAAAGGGCAGGCUAGAUCCAAUGAAGAGAAUCGAGCUAGCAGAAACACAAAGGCAUCUAAAAAACAAAAGAAGGAACAGCAGCGGCUAGAGAAGAAGAAGCGGCAGGAAGACAGACACUGACAAAAGGUCUUGGCCAACAAGAGUAACUGUGCAGAUAACAGCAGGAGAGAAACAGACUCAAACAACCACAUCACCUUGGUGAAGGCCAUGGCAGCUCUAAACAUAUGACUGAACGUGUUCUCAGUGCUCUGGUGAGAAAAGCAAAUAAAACUGAUGAAGACAAAACUCCCGUAAAGUAAAUUUCCAAGUACCAAGUGUUAUCUUAAAAUCCGUUUCUGCGGAGACCUCUAAGCACCCGUGAACUUCCUGUUUCUUCGGUUGGUGCCUUGAGAAGCAAUGGCCACAGCGGCUCUUCUGAACUUAGCACCAUCUCACCUCGGCUUCCCUUCAAGCACAGCAGCCGCUUUCUUGUGGACAAACGCCCCUGACAUGCACGUCACCAGGCCAAAAUCUGCCAAGGGACGCACGAGGUCGAGCUUCAGUUACUCUCAGAGCAUGGAAGCCUGUUCUUGCCGAGUGCCACCUUCCCCGCCGCUGGCAGCUCCCCACCAAUUAGCGAACAGCCGGAGAGCAUCGUCCAUAAAACCGGCAUUCCCAUCUGGCCAGGUGUCUCCUGAGGAAAUCCCAGAGCUCCUGCAGCAAGUGCCUUUGAGGACCUCCUCUUCCCUGAACAAGUACAGGGUGCUCCCCUCCAUCGGCUGGAAAGGCGUAGGGAGCGGCGCUGUGGAAGCUGUAGCUGAACAGACCGACCGGCUGAACGUGAGCGGGGAGGGGGAGGACGAUUCGAAAAUCAAAACUCUUACUGGAAAACAAGGAUCUGCCGGCGUAUUGUCAGAAACUGAUGUCCCUGAUGAAGACGGCUCACACACGCAGCGUCCUCCUGAGAAGCCAGGAAGGAAAAUGAGACAAGAGAGCCCUUUGACAUCAAUUUUAAGUGUGGAAGAGCCACCGAAAGAAGAGUCACAAUUGCUGCUCGCUAUUCGAUCUCCCUCUGGUCUGAGAUUUGAACAUCAUUUCAAGCCCACCGACACUCUCCAGACCAUCCUUGCUGUGGCGGAACAGAAAAUGUCAGUCAAAUACAAAUGCUGCAGCGUCGAGACGAUGGAAGUGCCCCGAAGGAGUUUCUCUGACCUUGCGAGGUCCCUCCACGAAUGUGGGAUUAGCCACAAGUCUGUGCUGUGCAUCCGACAGAAAGAUCAGCACGAUGCAGAUCUGUAGGCGCACAGAGACACCGCCGUGGGUCGUUUCACUGAGUGGGAUGUUACUUCUUCCGAAAAACUGAGUGCCUGAUGUUUCCUGGGCCUACUUCUUCAUCUUGCCAUUUCCCAAAGCUUCCCCUUGAAGCAGACUUGUGUCUAUGUGUUGAAAUAGUAUUUUCAGGGGAUAGACCUGCUACAUAAAUAGCAUCGUUUUUCACGUGUGCCAUCACAAAUCGCUUCCUGAGCGCCACCAACCUUUGACUUUUUUGGUUUUUUUGAAGUUGUCAAUUUUCUUCUUUGAAGACUGAAGUUUCCGAGACCUCUCCCCUUGUCCUUUUCUAUGCUUCAGGAAGGUCCCACUCUGGAGGACCAUCUUCAGUAGGUUAUCACCAUCCUAAACAUCUUCUUGAGAGUGACUGAAAAAAGAUCAAACCCAAAAACCAUCUGGAAGAAACAGUGAUAACAAGUUAAUGGAUUAUUGUGAAGUAUUAAAUUGCAAAAAUGAUGGUAAUAUACCUGUGAGGACUCAGCUCUUUCUGGAUAACCUCAAUGCAGCUUUUAAGAGUGUGACUACAUCGUCCUUUUGAGGACAAAUAGUUACUAUUUUGGCUGUAUUGGUGAGCAGCAGGAUUUUCUACGUAGUUAUUCUUCUCUCAUUCAACUCGUGUGAUCCAUAGGUAGGAAUAGAUGGAGAGUUAAGAUGGGAUGUUACAGAAUACUUCCAUUUAACACCUUUACACUGAAAUGAGUUAGCCUGAGAAAGCAAGUGCGGCUUUGAGAAUUUUUAAAUAAAAAUACAUUCAUUGGAUUUGAGUGAGGAAUUGGCUCAGGCAGUAGACCAUCUUUUACUAAACCAUCAUUAAAAAAGGCCAGUAGUGUAACUUGGCAGGUUUUAGAUAAAUACAAUGUGCUUGUGCUUAAAAAAAAAAAAUUUAAAAAAAUUUUUAAAAAAUCAUCAUCCAGGUUUGUAAUGGAAAUUCUUAUGGUUCAAAGGUUCAGUCUACUAAAAAAAUGGACCACUUGCCACACAGAUGAGCUAGUUCUAAUAUUUUGAGGUAAACCCAACUGUGCGUUUAACCAACUCAGAACGGUAGCAGAACCAGGACAGUAGCAGAAAGCCGGUGCCAGCGUUGAUCAAGAGGUAGCUCAUUCUAAAGCCAGUGCUCGGGGUCCAGCGGCUCUGUGAAACGGGUACCCGAUGAAAUCACUGCUGCAUGUGAUGGUAAUUGCACAGCAGCAAUCCCGGUGUCUUCAGGGAGACCAGGGUGUCAAAACGUUAUGGGUGCUUUUAAUCAAACCUCAGUGGGGAGGGAAGUAUUUCACUUGGGUUCAGGAACAGGACCUGUUUUCCAUGUUUAAUUCAGUGUUAGGUGGUUAAUUCUCUUCUUCUGAUUUUGUGUAUGCUAUGUUACUUCCACGUUUCAGAGUGUUUUCAUACUGUGUGGUAGUACAAUCAAUAAAACCUUCUAGGCUGAAA